GACGAGUACGAAAACGACCCCUUCACACGUCGCGGAGGCGCAAGGAUAUUGCUAAAGGACGGUUGAAUGUUUGACACGAUGAUGCAGCAAGCCGUAUCGAUUAAAGCUGAACCGGACUGGAGUGACCUUCUGGUACCGGAACCGGAUAAUCGCGCGCAGUACGCACUCGAGAACGUUAUUCGCCAGCAGCAACAACAACAGCUUUUGCAACAACAGCAACAGCAGCAGCAGCAACAACAGCAGCAACAACAGCAUCAUCAACAGCAGCAACAGCAACAACAACAGCAGCAGCAGCAACAGCAAUAUCAUUUGCGCAACGGCGGUGGCGGCGGCGGAAGUCUGGCGCAAAAUGCGAACAAUUCGGCCGCCAUCGUCAACGGAGCAGCGGCCGGAUCUAGUGCUAGCCAACAGUCCGGGGGUGCGGCCAGCGAAGACAAUGAGCCGCUGGACAUCAUCGAGGCGAUCGGUGAUUCGGAUGACAACGAUUUCGCUGAGGCAGAAUCGCUGACACUGCAGCAAUACAAGAAAGAUGAAAAACUAUGCGAUUACUACCGCCGGAUGCCGGUGCUGUACGACAAAAGCCACCCGCACUACAAGUUCCAGUCGAAGAAGGAAAAGGCCUGGCGCGAGCUGAGCCGGCUGUGCGAGAUGGACGUGGAGCAGUGCAAGAAGCGCAUGACCUACUUCCGGUGCCGGUUCACGGUCGAGCGGCGCAUCAUGAAGAACGGCGUCAAUUGUAGCGAGUGGCCACUGCUCGAGAAGCUCAAGUUUCUCAACAAACACAUCAAAAUCCGGAGACCGCGUGCCCCGAACGGCGAGCCGGACGAUACCGACGAUGAGACAAACCCGAUGAACAUUCUGCGAAAGCGGCAGCGUGAACAGCAAGAGGACGUUAAGGACGAUCUGCACGCGUACCUCGACCUGCAGCAGAUGGCCGUGGCGGCCCAAAACUCCCAAGCUCAACUGCACUACCAGCAGCACCUGAAGCUGCAGGGCCACGGACCGUUCGGUGCACCGCCCGGCGCAGGUUUCCCGUCCGCGCACGAUCCCAUGUCACUGCACCAUCUGCAGCCACCGCAUCCACACCAGCGCGAUCAUCAGUUGCCGCCCCCGCACAGCAAUCAGCCAGGCGGUGGCGGUUCCGCACAGUCCGGUGCCGGCCAGCAGCAGGUACCACACGCCGGCAGUCACCAUCAUCACCAUCCAUUCGGGCGGGGUGGCGGUAUGCCAGGUUCGGCCGGUGGUGGCCACCAUCAGCAUCAUCAUCCACACGCACCGGGCGGCGGUGGCGGUGGUGGUGGUUCGGCGGGCAGUAGUGCAGCCGCCGCAGCCGCCCUGCAGCAUAGUGCGGCCGGUGGUGCUGCCGGCCAUCCCCAUCACCAUCAGCAGCCGACGCCGGUCGAGUCGCCGAUACCGGCCGCGAUGUCCAACGUGGAGGUGUCGUACGGUUUGCCAAAACGGGCCCGGGUCAGCUACGACGGUGACGAAGCCUCACUGUCCAACUUUAACCUCAACCGCACGGUCAAGUAUCAGAACAAUCUGGAGCAUCAGGCCCACCUGGACGAGCACGGUGCGUACGGGCUGUACGUGGGCGAAGUGUUGCGCAAGCUGCCGGAACGAAUAUCCUCGCUAACCUCGCUCAAAAUCAUGCAGCUGCUGUACGAGGCCCAGGUGCAGUCGUUCGAUGCGGCACCCUCGUCGGCCACACCGAAGCCUGCCUCCGCCCAACAGUCGAAGGUAGGCAAUGGGGAAAGUACGACGGGUGGUGGUGGUGCGGCCCCUUCUUCCUCUGGCAGCCUUCCGAAUGGUGGAGGCGCUACCAGUGUCGCCUCGUCCGAAGGUGGCCGCCAGUCGACGGAAAGCGCGGAAUCGAUGAGCAACAAGGACUAGGCCAUAGCCCUCCCGUCCACUGCCGCUUGCCCGCCUCCACCACCACCACCAUCAACUACCCCUUCAUCGACGGCAUCCCUGGUGCAUUGGUGGUAGU